CUUAUUUACAGGUAAAUUAUUAAUUAAUUAUGAUUGGUUUUACUUUGUAUGAAUGUUAUUACACAGUAAAAUAUUUUUUUGAAAUAGGAUUGUAAGCCAGAAAAUCAUUUUUAGCUUUGUUUAUAUGCGUGUCAGCGUUGUUUGUAAACUUCUUAACCGUUAGGUUUUGGAUGGCGUUUCUGAGCGUCGCUUGAAAUAUUUUUAGUGAAUUACGUUUAUUUUACAGAUAGCAUGGACCGGCCAGCCAGAUCACUUCGGAGAUUGCCAGCACGAUCUGCUAAAUCUGCUGAGCGGAGUUUAUCCAAAGGCAGGACAGGAAAAGAUGUAGAUUCGCCAAAACCUAGAAUUUCUUCCCCUCGUUUUGCCAGGAGGACCCUGAAGGAACCUGAUCAGAAGGAGACAAUUAUUAAAAAUGCCACUCCACCAAGGAAGAGGUCUAGGUCCAGAUCAAGUGCUAGGAAACGUCAAGAGGCAGUGAAGGAUGUGAAAGAAAUCAGUGAUAAUGAAGUUGUUGAUAAAAUGAAUUCUCGUUCUUCUAAGGCUACAACUGCUGCUCCUGUUGCGAAGCUAGUUUCUAAAAUAAAAGAAGGCAUUGAUCAUGUACGCAAUUCGGUGAGCCCUGAGGUGGAGGACGUUGUGCGCAGAAGUCUUUCUCGAUUUGAAGGGGUUACGACUGAAGUGGUCAGUAACAUUGUCACAAGAAGAGGUUUGUCACGUCAGAGUAGAGCAUCUUCUGCAUCUGUUGUCAUCAAUAGCAUGUCAAAUGUUGCCUCGUCUCAGAGUAAAAUUGAAGAGGAGAUCAUUUUAACUGAAGAGCAAAGUGUUUUGACUAAUCACAUUGGUACGCUUAAGGAGGAGAAGUCCUCUGCUCCUCGAGAUGCCAAGAAAGUGAACUAUCUGAAGGUGUUCGGUCUUGUUCUUCUGGGAAUGGCAAUUUGUGCUCUUGUCGUCUUGUUCCAUGUCGUCUGUUCUAAGGAUGAUUGCCGACUAUCAUUAUCGAAUCUGCCUAAAGCCUUGGAAUACAGCCAGUACUUUGACUCGUAUAUUUGGCCUGUAUACUCUCUUUCUCUGCUGUUGCUCUUUGCUGGCUGUCGUUUUACUUCUGUACGACAAAGGAGGCCUCAACAUUUUUCUAUAUUUGGUGCCAUAGUUGCCAUUCUAGUCAUCAGUUUGAUAUUCGCCAGCCAACGUUAUUUAGGUUGCUUUCGAUUGUUGACAAUCCCACCACUCAUAGGAGCAACUAUUAUCCAUACAUUGGUGCUUGUCCUUUAUGCUGGUAAUUCCAGUAUGCUUGGCAGUAAAGUACAUCUGGAAACGCUUGUUCACAUUACUUCCUCAGUAUUGAUGAUUCUGCUGGGCACAUUCAUUGGUGCUAUAGAAAAUGCUCGGACGACGCCUAACUUCACUGUGUUGUUGUUGGGAGGACUUCAGGUAUCUACUGCCUUGGACCACCUCCUGUUGCCACCGCUCAUGCUGGGACUUGGCCCUAUUGGUAUCUUAUGGCUAUCUCUUCGUCCCUUUUUUCUAUUUUUGUCUCAGACGUACCUCUCUGCCAACAACGUUGUCCUUGGAACAUAUGGAAUGGCAGGUUUAAUGUCAGUUCAUGUCAUCGGUUAUGUUUUAUACAGAUACAGCUCUAGUUUAAAGAUUUUCUUCCUUCAGGAUCCUUAUUCUUCAAAAUUUUCCAAGUAUAACGUUUGCGGAGACUUCAUUGGAGGAGCUUGGGGAGUGGUCAGGCACCCGCAACUUGCAGGUCUGCUCGUCACUGAGUUGUCGUGGGCAUGUACUGUACUGCCUGACUUCCUCGGACUAGUGCUGAUCCUGUUGAGUGUAUUGUCUACAGUGCUUUUAGCUAGGACUGCAGACAGGCGCCUCUCAAGGACUUACAGGGCAAAGAUCACUUCGUCGCUCAUACCAUAUAUACCUGUCUAAAUUAGUUGCUGUAUUGUGUGCUAUUAUGAUAGGACAGAUUGUUUCUUGAGGAAGGCUUUAAGGCAGGGAUCCCCAACGCAAUGCCCAUGGGCCAAGCCAAAUUGUGCCCCUCUAGCCUAAUCUGUAACAGAAAUCACUAUGGCAGCUGGUAACUGAAUUGUGCAGUGUUAUUCAACAAUUUUUUUUAUUUUUAUAAAGUGUUUUUAAAAAUAUAAUUAAUUGUGUUUCUUUAAAAAUAAGUCAUUAAGAUCAUAGCUUCAGCAAUCUUCAUAAUUAUUUUCCUAUUACUUUCACUUGCCUGUAUAUUUUAUUUUUUG